UCGACGGUACGGCCGAAGAAUGACGGGCGAGGACGGAAAGCGCGGUGGCGGCGCCGGCGACGUUACCACUGGAGCAAAUAUGAACACGAACGUCACCGAUAACGUCAACAAUGUUAACGCCAAUGUUAACGCCAACAUAAACGUCAGCCAGCAAAACGGCGGACCGGAAAAGGCUCCCGUAGUCGGCGGUACCAACGUGGAGACGCUGCCACGCGCCGGCAAACAGAGUGAUCCUAGUACUGCAUUUUUACGGGCAGCUCGUGCUGGGCAACUCGAGAAAGUUUUGGAAUACUUGGAAUCUGGAGUAGAUAUUAACGCUUCUAACGCCAAUGGCUUAAACGCUUUGCACCUGGCAGCUAAAGACGGCCACUUGGAAAUCGUGAGAGAACUCCUAAAUCGCGGCGCAAUUGUGGACGCCGCUACCAAAAAGGGAAACACGGCAUUGCACAUAGCUUCUCUUGCUGGACAAGAGGAGGUGGUACAAGUGCUAGUACAACGAGGUGCUUCUGUGAAUGCACAAUCGCAAAAUGGGUUCACACCGCUGUACAUGGCUGCCCAGGAAAAUCAUGACUCUGUGGUCAAGUACCUCCUCUGCAAGGGUGCGAAUCAAACACUGGCCACCGAGGACGGUUUCACUCCAUUGGCGGUGGCUAUGCAACAGGGUCACGACAAGGUAGUGGCUGUUCUAUUGGAAAAUGAUACUCGUGGUAAAGUUCGACUGCCUGCCCUACACAUCGCUGCUAAGAAAGACGACUGCAAAGCGGCUGCCCUACUUUUACAAAACGAUCAUAAUCCCGAUGUAACAUCGAAAAGCGGUUUCACUCCGCUUCACAUAGCCGCACAUUAUGGCAACGACCGAAUCGCUUCCUUGCUUUAUGACAAAGGCGCGGAUGUUAACUUCGCUGCAAAGCAUAAUAUCACGCCAAUGCACGUGGCUGCGAAAUGGGGUAAGAUUAAAAUGGUUAAUCUUCUCAUGAGCAAGGGAGCAAACAUCGAAGCGAAAACGAGAGAUGGUUUAACUCCUCUGCACUGCGCGGCCAGGUCCGGUCACCACGAAGUAGUUGACAUUCUCAUCGAGAAGGGGGCACCCAUUGGCUCAAAAACAAAGAAUGGUCUUGCCCCGUUACACAUGGCUUCUCAAGGGGAUCACGUUGACGCUGCGAGAAUUUUAUUGUAUCACCGUGCACCCGUGGACGAAGUGACGGUGGAUUAUUUGACUGCGUUGCAUGUGGCUGCACACUGCGGUCACGUACGCGUAGCUAAACUACUUCUUGAUAGAAAUGCCGAUCCUAAUGCGCGAGCGCUCAACGGAUUUACCCCUCUUCAUAUCGCAUGCAAGAAGAAUCGUAUAAAAGUCGUCGAACUCCUCCUGAAGCACAAAGCGAGCAUCGAAGCUACGACUGAGUCUGGAUUAACUCCACUGCACGUAGCGAGUUUUAUGGGAUGUAUGAAUAUCGUGAUUUACUUAUUACAACACGAAGCUAGCCCUGAUAUACCGACAGUAAGAGGCGAAACGCCAUUACACUUAGCCGCCAGGGCGAAUCAAACUGAUAUUAUUAGGAUACUUCUUAGAAACGGCGCCCAAGUCGAUGCUAGAGCAAGAGAGGAACAGACACCGCUUCACGUCGCUUCCCGUCUGGGUAACGUCGAUAUUGUGAUGUUACUGCUGCAGCAUGGUGCGGGCGUAGAUGCUACAACGAAGGAUUUGUAUACACCGCUUCAUAUCGCUGCUAAAGAAGGCCAGGAGGAGGUUGCAUCCGUUUUAUUAGAAAAUAACGCCUCGCUUACCGCAACGACCAAGAAAGGAUUUACUCCCUUGCAUUUAGCGGCCAAGUACGGCAAUAUGAACGUAGCUCGAUUGUUGCUGCAAAAGAAUGCGCCUGUUGACGCUCAAGGAAAGAACGGAGUAACGCCUCUUCAUGUAGCCUCUCAUUACGAUCAUCAAAACGUGGCUUUACUUUUACUCGAUAAAGGAGCUUCACCACAUGCCAUGGCUAAGAAUGGCCAUACACCAUUGCAUAUCGCUGCACGCAAAAAUCAGAUGGAUAUUGCGACUACUUUGCUGGAAUACGGAGCGAAAGCUAAUGCAGAAUCAAAAGCGGGUUUUACACCGUUACAUUUGAGCGCACAAGAAGGCCAUACUGAUAUGUCAACCCUUCUUAUCGAGCAUAAAGCAGACACAAAUCACAAAGCGAAGAAUGGCCUUACGCCUCUACAUUUAUGCGCACAAGAAGAUAAAGUGAACGUCGCAUCCAUUCUUGUCAAGAAUGGUGCUCAGAUUGACGCUAAAACUAAGGCUGGAUAUACGCCAUUGCACGUGGCGUCUCACUUUGGUCAAGCAGCUAUGGUACGAUUUCUCUUAAGAUCUGGUGCUGCUGUUGACAGCAGUACCAAUGCUGGUUAUACUCCUCUUCAUCAAGCUGCGCAACAAGGACAUACGCUUGUUAUUAACUUGUUGUUGGAGAGUAAAGCUAAACCGAAUGCCGUAACCAACAACGGACAGACUGCUUUAGAUAUCGCACAAAAGCUCGGUUAUAUAAGUGUCAUUGAAACGUUGAAAGUUGUCACAGAGACUAUCAUCACAACAACUCAUACCGUUACUAUUGAAGAGAAAUACAGAGUUCAGGCACCCGAAUCCAUGCAGGAGACAUUUAUGAGUGACAGCGAAGACGAGGGCGGUGGUGAUGAAAUCGGCACGGCAGCCAUGAAUGUGUACGGGCAGCCUCCGCACGCGCAACACGUGUACCUUCCUUCUUACUACCAGGGCCAAAUGACCUAUACCCGUGAAGAUCCAAUGCUCAGUGACCAACAGCAGUACCGAUACAUGACUGUUGAUGACAUGAAGUCCAUGGGGGAUGACUCGAUGCGCGUGAAUGUGACGGACGACGAGAGAGAUAAUCGACAUUCCGGAGCGCCAACCAUAACAGAGAUGAUUACGAAAGAACAUUAUCAACGUACAAACGCGGCCAAUCUUAAACCAGACAAUGUAGACAUCAAUAGACAUCCUGUGCACGUCGGCAGAAUUCCACAGUGGAGAAACUUCUUGGUUUCCUUCUUGGUGGACGCAAGAGGCGGUGCGAUGCGCGGAUGCAGACAUAGUGGCGUCCGCGUGAUUGUUCCACCGCGUAAAGCCGCAAUGCCUAUGCGCGUCACUUGUAGAUACCUGAGGAGAGACAAAUUGACAAACCCACCUCCCCUGAUGGAGGGAGAAGCGUUGGCCAGUCGCAUCCUCGAAUUAGGUCCCGUCGGUGCAAAAUUCCUGGGCCCUGUUAUCAUAGAAGUACCACAUUUCGCGUCGCUGCGCGGAAAGGAACGAGAAAUAGUAAUUCUACGAUCAGACAACGGAGAGACCUGGCGCGAGCAUACCUUGGAAGCCAGCGAGGAGGCUGUACAAGAUGUGCUUAACGAGAGCUUUGAAGGAGAAGAGCUAAGCCAGCUAGAAGAUCUCCAAACGUCUCGUAUCGUAAGGAUACUCACUGUAGAUUUCCCACAUUACUUCGCAGUAGUAUCUCGUAUCCGGCAAGAGGUCCAUGCGGUUGGUCCCGAAGGCGGCACCGUGUCGUCAUCCGCUGUACCACAAGUACAAGCUGUCUUCCCGCAAGCGGCCCUUACUAAGAAGAUCAGAGUCGGUCUGCAGGCACAUCCUAUACCGGCGGAUCUGGUGGCCAAAUUACUUGGAAAUAGAGUGGCUGUGUCGCCGAUUGUUACCGUCGAACCGAGACGAAGAAAGUUCCACAAGCCGAUAACUUUAACUAUUCCAGUACCACAGGCGGCUAAUAAAGGCAUGAUCAACCAGUAUUCCGGAGAUGCGCCGACUUUGAGACUCCUGUGCAGCAUAACUGGGGGUCAGACUCGGGCAGUCUGGGAGGACGUCACAGGCUCGACGCCGUUGACCUUUGUGAAAGAUUGCGUUUCCUUCACCACCACAGUUUCCGCCCGCUUCUGGUUAAUGGACUGCCGUAACAUUUCCGAUGCCACGAAAAUGGCCACGGAACUAUAUACGCACGCGACACAUGUGCCCUUUAUGGCUAAAUUCGUCGUGUUUGCAAAACGAGUAGAUCCAUUGGAAGCGAGAUUACGUGUAUUCUGUAUGACGGACGAUAAAGAAGACAAAACUUUAGAGCAUCAGGAACAUUUUACAGAAGUUGCGAAAAGUAGAGACGUCGAGGUUCUUGAAGGAAAAACGCAAUACAUGGAAUUUUCGGGAAAUCUUGUACCCGUUCUGAAAACGGGUGAACAGCUGCAAUUACCGUUUAGAGCUUUCAAGGAAAAUAGAGUUCCGUUUACCGCGAGAAUAAAAGAUCCGGAUGCCGCUGAUAUGAUGGGUCGAAUCAUGUUUAUGAGCGAACCUAAGGUUCCGAGAGGUGAACUGCCGCAAACGCCAAUCUGCACACUAAAUAUUUUGCUGCCGGAAAAAAUUUCUCCGGAUACCGCGGUCUCUGAGCUUGAUUUAUUGGAAUUGUCAAAGAACUACAGUUUUCUACGCGAUGGUGGAAUAAGCAGACCAGAUACAAUACAUAGAGCGACCAUUCGAUUAACAGACAUUGCCAAUCUAUUGGAUAAAGAUUGGGAACCAUUAGCGGAAGAAUUGAAUAUCCCACCUAACGACGUGGCUCUAAUAAAACAAGAAUAUCCCGAUAAACCUGCACAACAGGCCGCUGCCAUGUUCAAAAUCUGGCAAAACAGUGGAAAUAAAGCCACAGGAAACACAUUAGAAAAAGCUCUCAAUAAGAUCGGACGAGAAGAUAUAGUGAACAAAUGUAUCUUCAAUGUUGAGUUAGUGACUGACGACGUUGAAAAAGCUGUGGCGAGAGUCAGACUGGAUCAGCCAGGAUUUGAUUCUCUUAAGGAGGAAUUGGGACCGUCGAGAGACACGUCACUCCGCCGUGAUGCAACUAUGGAUCCUAAAAUGGACCCUGAUUAUGAAGAGUCUGACAGAAUGAAGGACUCUGAAUCAAUGGAAGAUCUCAGUAUCACUGGCACACACGAUAAACCCAAAGAGCACAUCACAAUCACAAACGGCACUGUAUUCAACGGAACCUCGACCCCCAUCAAAGACAAAUAUGCGAGCGACGAGAAAGAGCUCAGCGACAUGAUGGCUGAUUACCUUGAGCACAAAUGCCAUACGACCGACACGAUGAGCAAAAAGUCGCGCGACGAAGUGGACGAUCCGGAGAAAAAACGUCAGAAAGCGAUUGCCGAUGCCAACAAGAUAGUCUCUGGUGUAAUAGCAGACGCAGAGAAAGAGAAGGGGAAGUUAGCGAAGGAAGGGUGGUCGGUGGUUUAUGAUGAUGAUGAUGCGCGGGACAAUAAAGAGGCGCGGGGUGCAAUAGGGCAGACUGUAAUUAAUGUUCAUUUAGAUCAAGUGGCCACCGAACCGAAAGGUUUCGUUCCCAAAUUAGAGCAAAUUCCUAGUAUCGAACCGCCGAUGAUUAAACAGCAUCGUGGUGGGAUGCCGGAUCCCAAAGUUAGCACUUCAAAAACAAUAGUUUCUGUUAGUGGCGAUCCGAAAGUAGGUCAGACAGUAGUAACUAAGACUACGGUAAUAAAACAGACUCCGACUGAGACUGUGACUACGAAAGAAACGGUAAUAGUUUCCCCCGAUAAAAAAGACAUUGUUAGCGAGAAAGAGAAACUAUCUAAGGAGGGUAAGGAAGUCGAUGAAAAGUUAGGUGCAGUUCCUACGGACGCGAUUGUUACGCAAAAAACAGUAAAGGUCGACACAAUAAUUCAAACUGAUCAAAAGAAGUCAGAAAUAAAAACUCCAGCAGACAGGAAUAAAGAUAAAGAUAAGGAGAAGGAGAAGGAUAAAGAGACUGUUACGAAGAUUGCGAAAACAGCUUAUGAAGAUGUUUACAAUGUGCCGCAUUCGGCAGACAGCACGGAAGAAAAAUCAGACGACGAGAAGAAAACAAAGGAUAAGAGCGGCGGAAUUUUUUCGGGAAUUUUUAAGGGCUCCAAAUUGAAGAGAGGCAAGAAAGGUUCAAAGGACACAUCCUUUGACAGUGACGAGGAAUCGAAGGUUGUUCUAACAACGAAAGUUUCUGAACAGCAGCCAGAAUUUCCUUCUACCGAAGUAACGGAUUCGCAUUUUGACAGCAGAUUACCAGAAAUCACAACUGCACCCGAUGUAAGAUCAGCUACUGUGGAAUUUUUAGAAGAUUCUCGACGAAUCGCUGCAGGCAUGCAUGUACCUUACGAAGGCCUUGCUAAGCCAAUAGAGAAAGAAGACAAAAAAACAGAGGCUACUGAGACCGAUGAUGACGGUAAAGAUAAGACGAGUUUUUUCUCGAGUUUGUUUAAAAGUAAAUCUAAAAAAGAUGAAGAUGGAUCUAUCUUACCUGUUAUUCAUGUUGAGAAACCUAAAGAAUCCGCAGAACAAAUCGCAAAAAAAGAGAAGAAAAAGCUGGCAGCAAUCGCAAAGGAAAACGAGGAAUUAUUGGAAUUACAAAUGAAGGAAAAGGAGAAAGAGACCGAAGCAUCUCAGAUUGUCGAAGUGCCUAGCAUAAUCGAAAAAGAAACGGAAAAAGCUGUGAAAACUGACGCGAAAAUUAUCGAGGAUACUAAAAGCAAAACAAAGAUCAUUUCAACGGAUGAACAGCCACCUAGUAAGGAUGACGAAAAGGAAGAAGAUCAAGUAAAGGAGAAGAGUGGCUUCUUCGGCAUCUUUAAGAGUCCAAAAUCCAAGGACAAAAAGCUCAAAUCGAAGGAGACAUCCUUUGACAGCGAUGAGGAAAUCAAAACUGUAACGGAGAAACUCUUGGAUGAUACGCGGAAGGUUGCUGACUCUAGCGUGUUACCGAUUGUAUACAAAAGCGAUGGAACAAAAGUCACUCCCAAAGAAGAGAUACGUACUUUCGUGUCGACCAUUCAUUAUGACGAUAUUCCUGCGGAUAAAGUCAGUAAAUCAUAUGAUAUUGUACAAACCACGAUAAAGAUCGGGAAGACUAUUCACGAAGAGGUAAACGGGAAAGCGGACAUUGACAAGGAGAAAAUUCAGAAGGAAGAAAAAAAAGAUGUUGAAAAACCUGCUACAGAAGUAAAAUCCGAUACGUCGGAACCGAAAGCACCCGAGAUGGAAAAAGAGAUGAGCGACGAUAUCAAAGAAAAGAGUGGCGGCUUUUUCGGUAUGUUUAAGAGUCCGAAACUCAAAAGCAAAAAGAGAAGCAGAUCCCGAGAGCAUAGUUCUUCGAAGGAAACCUCUUUUGAUAGCGGAGACGAAGACAUUCGAUUGGCAACGGCAAAACUUCUAGAAGAUACAAUACAGAUGGCAGAGAACUUGAAGAAAGCUGAAGAAGAGUUACCAGAGAGUGUUACAAGAACUCCGCCUAUAGAUGAGAAGAUAAAAAAAUCUAUCAUUCCCGAAGAUGAAGCUGUUGAAAAAGAUAAGGGAAGUGGCAUUUUCGGUAUAUUUAGAAGUCCCAAACAAGCGAGAAGUUCCAGAUCCAGGAGUAGAUCUAAGGAGAAGACACCUUCGCUCGAACUGCCAGAUAGUGGCCAUGAAGACUUACGAAAAGUAACUACAGCGUUCCUGGAAGAUUCACGGAAUAUGGCUAGUAUCAUGGGCGAAUUGACAGAUUUGAAAGUUAAAGAUGAUAAAUUAUCAACAGAGAUAAAAAAAGUUGACCAGCACAUCACAAUUGCAGCAGAAGACGUUAGUAAAACUGUCAAGGAUGGUAAAGACGUGAUUACCAAAAAAGUAGAAGAAAAAACACGCGAUGUCAUCGAUAGCGCUGAAGCUGCAAAAGACAAAACGACUAAGGAAGCAAAGAAAGCGAAAGAUAAAAGUACAGGAUUCCUAUCGGGGAUAUUUAAAGGUGCGAAACAUGCCGUAGAGGAAACAUCCGACGACAUCAAGGAAUUCUUGGACGAUACAAAGAAAGAAGCUACUUUAGAGGAAGCACGAGCCAAAGAAGCGACAGUCACUGGCUUGAAAGAUCUGGAAGCGAAGAAAGAUGCUUUAGUAACAGACGCGAAGGACAUUGUUGACAGAACUGUUAUUGACAUUAAAGAAUCUAAAGAUAAGACCAUUGUGUCCAUUGUGAAGGGAAAGAAAGAAAAAGUCUCGGACAAGAUUUCGAAAGACAUAGAGAAGGCAACGGAUCAUGCAAAAGCAGCUUCUGAAAAAGCUAUAACAGAUACGAAGAAAGUAGGUGAAAAAAUAGAAAGCACUGCGAAGGAUGCUGUACAAGCAGGUACAGAAAUUAAAGAUGCAAUUAUUACAGAGGUAAAGGAGGAUGCAAAAAUCGUGGAAGAAAAAUUAUCAUCCGAGGCUGAAUCAGCUGAAGAUACCGCAGCAUCUGCUAAGGACAAAGCUACCAAAGAAGCGAAAAAAAUUAAAGAUAAAGGAAGCGGUUUCUUCUCUGGUAUAUUCAAAGGGGCGAAACAUGCCAUGGAAGAUGCAGCUGACGGUGUUAAAGAAUUUAUGGAUGAAGCGAAAAAGGAAGCUGUAUUAGAAGAAGAACGAGCCAAAGAAAAAGCUGCUGCAAGUCUGAAAGAUCUAAAGGACAAAAAAGAAACAACUGUGAGUAAAGCUCAAGAAACUACAGAUAAAGCUGUCGAUAAAGCAAAAGAAGUAAAAGAUAAAACCGUUUCUGCAGUAAAAGAUACACAAGAUAAAGUUGUCGAGGAAGUUUCCAAAGAUGUACAACAAGUUACUGACGCUACGAAAACAGCUGGUGAAAAAGUAGCAGAUGAAACGAAAAAAAUCGAAGAAAAAAUAGAGGAAAUUGCGACAGAAAUUGCACAUACUGCCAAGGAUACUAAAGAUGCAGUAAGUAAAGAAGUAAAAGAUGAUGCAAAAUUAGUGAAAGAAAAAUUAGCAGCAAAGAUUGAUGUAGCAGCGGAUGCUGCAGACAAUGCAAAGGAUAAAGCGUCAAAAGAAACAAAAAAAGCUAAAGAAAAAACAACUAGUUUCUUCUCUGGUAUAUUUAAAGGUGCUAAACACGCUGCAGAAGAUGUGACAGAUGAUGUUAAAGAAUUCCUGGAUGAGACGAAAAAAGAAGCUGAAAUGGAAGAAGAACAUCUCAAAGAAAAGGCAGCUGCAAGUCUGAAAGAUCUAAAAGAUAAAAAAGACACAGCUGUUAGUGAAGUUCAAGAAUCUGUGGACAAAGCUGCCGAUAGAGUGAAAGAAGCAAAAGAUAAAACAGUUUCCGCAUUAAAAGACCAAAAGGAUAAAGUUGUCGAGGAAGUUUCCAAAGAUGCACAAAAAGUUGCAGACGCUACGAAAGUAGCUGGUGAGAAAGUAUCAGAUGAAACGAAGAAAAUCGGAGAAAAAAUAGAGGAAACCUCGGCAGAUGUUGCACAAAUUGCCAAGGAUACUAAAGAUGCAGUAAUUAAAGAGAUAAAAGAUGACACAAAAUUAGUGAAAGGAAAAUUAGCAACUAGCGCUGAUGCGGCAGCAGAAACUGCGGACAGCGCAAAGGAAAAAAUGACAAAAGAAACAAAGAAAGCUAAAGAAAAAACAACUAGUUUCUUCUCUGGCAUAUUUAAAGGUGCGAAACACGCUGCAGAAGAUGUGACAGAUGAUGUUAAAGAAUUCUUGGAUGAAACGAAAAAAGAAGCUGAAAUGGAAGAAGAACAUGUCAAAGAAAAGGCCACUGCAAGUCUGAAAGAUCUGAAAGAUAAAAAAGACACAGCUGUUAGUGAAGUUCAAGAAACUGUGGACAAAGCUGCCGAUAGAGUGAAAGAAGCAAAAGAUAAAACAGUUUCCGCAUUAAAAGACCAAAAGGAUAAAGUUGUCGAAGAAGUUUCCAAAGAUGCACAGAAAGUUGCCGAUGCUACGAAAGCAGCUGAUGAAAAAGUAACAGAUAGAACGAAGAAAAUCGGAGAAAAAAUAGAGGAAACUUCGGCAGAUGUUGCACAUGCUGCCAAGGAUAUUAAAGAUGCAGUAAUUAAAGAAGUAAAAGAUGAUACAAAGUUAGUGAAAGGAAAAUUAGCAGCUGGCGCUGAUGCGGCAACAGAAGCUGUAGACAGUGCAAAGGAAAAAGUGACAAAAGAAACAAAAAAAGCUAAAGAAAAAACAACUGGUUUCUUCUCUGGUAUUUUUAAAGGUGCGAAACAUGCCGUAGAAGAUGCGACAGAUGACGUCAAAGAAUUCCUGGAUGAGACGAAAAAAGAAGCUGAAAUAGAAGAAGAACAUGCCAAAGAAAAGGCCGCUGCAAGUCUGAAAGAUUUGAAAGAUAAAAAAGAUACAGCUGUUAGUGAAGUUCAAGAAACUAUGGACAAAGCUGCCGAUAGAGUGAAAGAAACAAAAGACAAAACCGCCGGAAAAAUGAAAGAAGCAAAAGAUAAAACAGUUUCUGCAUUAAAAGAUCAAAGGGCUAAAGUUGUCGAGGAAGUUUCCAAAGAUACACAGAAAGUUGCCGACGUUACGAAAGCAUCUAGUGAGAAAGUAUCAGAUGAAACGAAGAAAAUCGGAGAAAAAAUACAGGAAACUUCGGCAGAUGUUGCACAAGUUGCCAAAGAUACUAAAGAUGCAGUAAUUAAAGAGAUAAAAGAUGACACAAAAUUAGUGAAAGGAAAAUUAGCAGCUAGCGCUGAUGCGGCAGCAGAAACUGCGGACAGCGCAAAGGAAAAGGUGACAAAAGAAACAAAGAAAGCUAAAGAAAAAACAACUAGUUUCUUUUCUGGUAUAUUUAAAGGUGCGAAACACGCUGCAGAAGAUGUAACAGAUGAUGUUAAAGAAUUUCUGGAUGAGACGAAAAAAGAAGCUGAAAUGGAAGAAGAACAUAUCAAAGAAAAGGCCGCUGCAAGUCUGAAAGAUCUGAAAGAUAAAAAAGAUACAGCUGUUAGUGAAGUUCAAGAAACUAUGGACAAAGCUGCCGAUAGAGUGAAAGAAACAAAAGACAAAACAGUUUCUGCAUUAAAAGACCAAAAGGAUAAAGUUGUCGAGGAAGUUUCCAAAGAUGCACAAAAAGUUGCAGAUGCUACGAAAGCAGCUGGUGAGAAAGUAACAGAUGAAACGAAGAAAAUCGGAGAAAAAAUAGAGGAAACUUCGGCAGAUAUUGCACAUGUUGCCAAGGAUACUAAAGAUGCAGUAAUUAAAGAGAUAAAAGAUGACACAAAAUUAGUGAAAGGAAAAUUAGCAGCUAGCGCUGAUGCGGCAGCAGAAACUUCGGACAGCGCAAAAGAAAAAGUGACAAAAGAAACAAAGAAAGCUAAAGAAAAAACAACUAGUUUCUUCUCUGGUAUAUUUAAAGGUGCGAAACACGCUGCAGAAGAUGUGACAGAUGAUGUUAAAGAAUUCCUGGAUGAGACGAAAAAAGAAGCUGAAAUGGAAGAAGAACAUGUCAAAGAAAAGGCCGCUGCAAGUUUGAAAGAUCUGAAAGAUAAAAAAGACACAGCUGUUAGUGAAGUUCAAGAAAUUGUGGACAAAGCUGCCGAUAGAGUGAAAGAAGCGAAAGACAAAACCGCUGAAACAAUGAAAGAAGCAAAAGACAAAACAGUUUCCGCAUUAAAAGACCAAAAGGAUAAAGUUGUCGAGGAAGUUUCCAAAGAUGCACAAAAAGUUGCAGACGCUACGAAAGCAGCUGGUGAGAAAGUAUCAGAUGAAACGAAGAAAAUCGGAGAAAAAAUAGAGGAAACUUCGGCAGAUAUUGCACAUGUUGCCAAGGAUACUAAAGAUGCAGUAAUUAAAGAGAUAAAAGAUGACACAAAAUUAGUGAAAGAAAAAUUAGGAGCUGGUGCUGUUGCUGCUUCAGAAAUUGCAGAUAGUACAAAAGAUAAAGCAAUGAAAGAAACGAAAAAAGCUAAAGAAAAAACUAGUGUUUUCUUCUCCGGCAUCUUCAAAGGUGGAAAACAUGCUGCUGAAGAUGCAUCUGAUGAUGUUAAAGAAUUUUUGGAUGAAACAAGAAAAGAAGCUUCUUUAGAAAAAGAAUGUAUUAAGGAAGAAGUUGCGGCAAAUAUUAAAGAUUUAAAAGAUAAAAAGGAUACAGUCGUUACCGAAGUUCAACAAACUGCAGACACAGUCUUCUUUGAUAUAAAAGGAGCCAAGGAUAAAACUGUUUCUGUAAUAAAAGAUACGAAAGAUAAACUUGUAGAAGAAGUUUCGAAAGAUGCUGAAAAAGUGACCGAUACAACAAAAGCAAUCGAUGAAAAAGUAACAACGGAAUCACAGAAGGUAGGCGAAAAGAUGGAAUAUGCCGCAGAAGAUGUUGCGAAAACUGCCAAGCAGACUAAAGAUGCAGCUAUCAAGGAGAUAAAGGAAGAUACGAAAUUAGUGAAAGAAAAAUUGGCAGCAGGUGCUGAUGCUGCUGUAGUGACAAUAGAUAAUACAAAGGAUAAAACGGCAAAACAAGUAAAGAAAACAAAGGAAAAAGCAACUGGUUUCUUCUCUGGUAUUUUUAAAGGUGCCAAGCACGCUGUAGAAGGUGCAGCUGACGAUGUUAAAGAAUUUAUGGAUGAAACGAAAAAGGAUGCUGCGUUUGAAGAGGAUCGUGCUAAAGAAAAAGCUGCUGCAAGUCUGACAGAUCUGAAAGAUAAGAAAGACACUCUUGUUACUGAGGUUCAAAAGACUGUAGAUAAAGCCGUUGUUGAAACGAAAGAUGCAAAAGAAAAAGCAGUCUUUGCAGUGAAAGAUAAGAAGGAUGAAAUUGUUGAAGAAAUUUCUAAAGAUACUCAGAAAAUUUCCGAUACCGCGAAAGCAACUGAUGAGAAAAUAACAACGGAAAUAAAGAAAAUUGGUGAAAUAAUUGGGGAUACCGCGACGGAUGUUGAACAUACUGCCAAGCACACUAAAGAUGCAGCAGUUAAAGAAGUGAAAAAGGAUACAAAGAAAGUUAAAGAUAAAUUGAUAGCAGAUGUCAAUGUUGCUGCAGAAACCGCGGAAGUUGCGAAAGAUAAAGCAACAAAAGAAGCAAAAAGGGUUAAAGAAAAAACCAGUGGUUUUCUGUCUGGUAUAUUUAAAGGCGCUAAACAUACUGUGGAAGAUACAACCGACGACGUCAAAGAAUUUUUGGAUGAAACGAAAAGAGAAGCAUCAUUAGAAAAAGAACGUAUUAAAGAAGAUGUCGCCGCAAAUAUUAAAGAUUUGAAGGAUAGAAAAGAUACCGUAAUUGCAGGAAUUCAAGAGACCACAGACAAGGCCAUCAUUGAUGCAAAAGACACGAAAGAUAAAACAGUAUCUGCAAUGAAAGACAAGAAAGAUAAAGUUGUCGAAGAAAUUUCCAAAGAUGCGCAAAAAGUUACCGAUACCACGAAAAUGGUUGGCGAGAAAGUAGCAGAUGAAAUGAAGAAAAUCGAAGAAAAAAUAGAGGAAACUGCGGCAGAAGUUACACAAUCUACCAAAGAUACUAAAGAUGCAGCAAUCAAAGAGAUAAAAGAUGAUACAAAGUUAGUGAAAGAAAAAUUAACAGCUGGCGCUGAAGCUGUGGCAGCAGAAGCUACUGACAGUGCAAAGGAAAAAGCAACAAAAGAAGCAAAAAAAGCUAAAGAAAAAACAACUGGUUUCUUCUCCGGUAUUUUUAAAGGUGCAAAACACGCCGUAGAAGAUGCGACAGACGAUGUUAAAGAAUUCUUGGACGAGACGAAAAAAGAAGCUGAAAUGGAAGAAGAACGUGCCAAAGAAAAGGCUGCUGCAAGUUUGAAAGAUCUGAAAGAUAAAAAAGAUGUUGUUGUUAGUGAAGUUCAAGAAAUUGUGGAUAAAACCGUCGACAAAGGGAAAGGAGCAAAAGAUAAAACAGUUUCUGUAAUAAAGGACAAAAAGCAUAAAGUCGAGAAAAUUUCCAAAGAUGCACAAAAAGUUACUGACGUCACGAAAGCAGCUGGUGAGAAAGUAGCAGAUGAAACUAGGAAAAUCGGGGAAAAAAUGGAGGAAACAGCAACAGAAAUUGCACAAACUGCCAAAGAUACUAAAGAUGCAGCAAUUAAAGAAGUAAAAGAAGAUGCAAAAUUAGUGAAAGAAAAAUUAGCGGCAGGCGUUGAUGUGGCAGCGGAUGCUACAGACAGUGCAAAGGAUAAAGCGUCAAAAGAAGCAAAAAAAGCUAAGGAAAAAACAGGUGGCUUCUUUUCUGGUAUAUUUAAAGGCGCUAAACAUGCUGUAGAAGACGCUGCUGACGACGUCAAAGAAUUUAUGGAUGAGACGAAGAAGGAAGCUGUUUUGGAGGAAGAACGUACUAAAGAAAAAAUUACUGCGGAGCUUAAAGAUUUGAAGGAUAAAAAGGACGUUGUUGCAACUGAAGUUCAAGAAUCGAUAGGCAAAACCAUCACUCAUGUAAAAGACACGAAAGAUAAAACAGUUGCUACUGUAAAAGAUAAGAAAGAUAAAAUUGCAGAGAAACUUUCCAAAGACGUACAAAAAGUUGCCGAUACUACAAAAACAACCGGUGAAAAAGUUACAACAGAGACAAAAAAGUUCGGUGAAAAAAUAGAAGAAACUGCAGCAGAUAUCGUGCGGAAUGUGGAAGAUGCUAAAGAAGAAGCAGUUAAGGAAAUGGAAAAGGAUACAAAAUUCGUAAAAGAUAAAUUAGCAGAAAGUGCUGAUGUUGCUGCGGAAGUUGCGGGAAGUGCAAAAGAUAAAACAACAAAAGAAACGAAGAAAAUCAAAGAAAAAACUAGUGGAUUCUUUUCUGGUAUAUUUAAAGGUGCAAAACACACUACGGAAGAUAUAUCUGAAGAUGUGAAGGAACAUGUAAGCGAUGCCAAAAAGGAAGCGACUAAAGAAUUGGAAGAAUUAGAACGUAAGAAAGAUGAUAUGAUGCAUAGUGCAAAGGAUGCCGUGGACAAAACCAUUAAAAGUGUGAAAGAUGCCGAAGAUAGAACUGUUUUUAUCGCGAUAGAUACGAAAGACAAAUUGGCAGAUAUAGCUGCCAAAGACAUAGACAAAGCAACACAUGAUUUGAAAGCAGCUCGUGAUGACGUAGUCACAAAGACCAAAGAAGUAGUCGAUAAAGUAGAAACUUCCGUGGCAGAUGUUGGACAUGAUAUGAAAGAUAUUAAGGAUGUAGCUGUAAUAGAAGCAAAAGAAGACGCUAACGUUAUAAAGGAAAAGUUAGCUGCCAAAGCUGAAUCUAUAUCGGAUUCAGUAGAAAUCACUAAAGACAAGACAACUAAAGAGGCGAAGAAAGCCAAGGAAAAAGCUAGUGGCUUUUUUUCGGGAAUAUUUAAAGGAUCGAAACAUUCCAUGGACAGCGCAGUGGAUGAUGUAAAAGAAUUCCUGGACGAAACGAAAAAGGAGGCAGCAUUAGAGCAAACGCAUGUCAAGGAAGCAGCAGAAGCCGAACUAAAAAAUCUGGAGCAUAAAACAGACCGCAUGAUUUCCGAAGCGAAAGAAGCGAAAGAUCGUGUUACUGAGGAAAUAGUUGACCAAGUCGAAAAGACUAUCGACGCCACUAAAGUGGCAGGCGAUAAAGUAGUUACAGAUGAAAAACGAAUUGUCGAUGACAUCACGCAAAGUGUUGCAGAUGUUAAAGAUAGCGUGGUGAAAGAAAUAAAGGAAGAUGUACAAACAGCAAAAGAGAAAUUAAAAACAGGUAGUGAUGCUGUAGCAGAAAGUGCUGCAGUUACGAAAGAUAAAGUAAUUAAGGAAUCAAAGAAAACUAAAGAAAAGGGUAGUGGUUUUCUUUCGGGAAUAUUCAAGAGUGCAAAGCAUUCUGUAGAAGAAGUAUCUGAUGAUGUAAAAGAAUUUGUAGACGAGACAAGGAAGGAAACCACUUUGAAACGAGAGCAAACCAAAGAAAAAAUCGUUGCAGGUGUCAAAGACUUGAAAGAUACAAAAGAAGCUCUUGUUACUAAUAUUCAAGACGUCACUGAUAAAACCGUCAUUGACGCAAAAGCUGUUAAAGAUAAAACUGUCUCUGCAGUAAAAGACAAAAAAGAUAAAGUUGUUGAGGAAGUUUCUAAAGAUGUGCGUAAAGUUGCUGAAACCACGAAAGCAGCUGGUGAGAAAGUAGCAGAUGAAACGAAAAAAAUCGGUGAAAAAAUAGAGGAAACUGCGGCAGAUGUUGCACAAGUUGCCAAGGAUACUAAAGAUACAGCUAUUAAAGAGAUAAAAGAAGAUGCAAAAUUAGUGAAAGGAAAAUUGACAGCAGGUGCUGAUGCUGCUGUAGAAACUACGGACAACUUAAAGGACAAAGCCACAAAAGAAGCGAAAAAAGCUAAGGAAAAAACAGGUCGUUUCUUUUCUGGUAUAUUUAAAGGAGGAAAACAUGCCGCAGAAGAGACAACUGACGAUAUUAAAGAAUUCUUGGAGGAAACGAAAAGAGAAGCUUCAUUAGAAAAACAACGUGCUAAGGAAGAAGUUGCUGCAGGUCUUAAAGAUUUAAAAGAUAAGCAAGAUGCUGUUAUUACUGGCGUUCAAGAGGCUGCAGAUAAGGCUAUCACCGAUGUAAAAGAUGCAAAAGAUAAAACAGUUUCUGCAGUAAAAGACACAAAAGAUAAAGUUGUCGAGGAAGUUUCCAAAGAUGCACAGAAAGUUGCAGACGCUACGAAAGCAGCUGGUGAGAAAGUAUCAGAUGAAACGAAGAAAAUCGGAGAAAAAAUAGAGGAAACUUCGGCAGAUGUUGUACAAGUUGCCAAGGAUACUAAAGAUACAGCAAUUAAAGAAGUAAAAGAUGAUGCAAAAUUAAUGAAAGAAAAAUUAGCAGCAAAGAUUGAUGUAGCAGCGGAUGCUGCAGACAGUGCAAAGGAUAAAGCGUCAAAAGAAGCGAAAAAAGCUAAGGAAAAAACAGGUGGCUUCUUUUCUGGUAUAUUUAAGGGCGCUAAACAUGCCGUAGAAGAUGCUGCUGACGAUGUUAAAGAAUUUAUGGAUGAGACAAAGAGAGAUGCUCAAUUGGAAGAAGAACAUGCUAAGGAAAAAAUUGCAUCGGAACUUAGAGACUUGAAAGACAAAAAAGAUGCAGCGACAACAGGUGUAAAAGAUGUUGCAGAUAAAGCUACAGCUGACAUGAAACAUGCAAAAGAUAAAGCAAUUUCUGGUGUUAAAGAUCAAAAGGAUAAAAUUGUUGAAGAAAUUUCCAAAGAUAAGCAAAAAAUUGCUGAUACCACAAAAGCAAUUGGUGAGAAAGUAGCAGCAGAAACGAAGAAGAUCAGUGAAAAAAUAGGUGAAACUGCCCCAGACGUUGAGCAUGCUACCAAAGACAUUAAAGAUACUACAAUUAAGGAAGUAAAGGAAGAUGCAAAGAAAAUUGAAGAUAAAUUAAUAGCAGAUAUUGAUGUGGCUGCAGAAGCUGUUGGUAGUGCAAAAGAUAAAACAUCGAAAGAAGUGAAGAAAGCUAAGGAAAAAACAGGUGGUUUCUUCUCUGGUAUCUUCAAAGGUGCGAAACAUGCUGUAGAAGACGCAGCAGACGAUGUCAAAGAAUUUCUAGAUGAAACAAAACAUGAGGCAGAAUUGGAAGAAGCUCGUAUUAAAGAAGCAGCAGUUGCUGAUUUGAAAGAAUUGGAACAUAAGAAGGAUGCUGUUGUCAGUGAUGUAAAAGACACGGCAGAUCGAACUGUCGCUGAAAUGAAAGAAGCUAAGGAUAAAACUAUCGCCGCAGCAAAAGAUACGACAGAUACAGUCACUAAAAUAGUUUCGGAAGAUAUUCAGAAAGCUACUGAUACAGGCAAAGCUGUUAAAAACAAAGCAGCGUUAGAAGUAAAGAAAACUGGUGAGAAAUUGGAUUCAACAGUAGAAGACAUCGCACAUGGGAUUUCGCAUUCGAAAGAUGCAGCCAUUAAAGAACCUAGAGAUGAAACCAAAGUAAUGAAAGAGAAAAUGACAGCUGAAGUUGAAACUGUAACUGAAAGUGCUGAGACUGUUAAGGAUAAAGCGGUUAAAGGAGCAAAAAAGACAAAGGAAAAAGGGUCUGGUUUUUUAUCAGGCAUAUUUAAAGGUGCCAAGCAUUCUGUUGAAAGCGCAGCAGAUGAUGUCAAAGAAUUUCUAGAUGAAACGAAACGCGAAGCAGAAUCGGAAGAAGCUCGUGCUAAGGAAGCAGCAGUGGCUGGAUUGAAGGAACUAGAACAUAAAGAAGAUGCUGCCAUUAUUGGCAUAAAAGAUGCAACUGAUCAAGCUGUUGCUGGAAUAAAAGAUGUCAAGGAUAAAACUGUUGCCGCAGCGGAAGAUACAAAAGAAAAAGUCUUGGAAGAUAUUCAAAAGGCUACAGAUGCGAGUAAAGCUGCUAAAGACAAAGUGACAGCAGAAGUAAAGAAAGUGGGUGAUAAAUUGGAUUCAACAGCACAAGAUGUUGCACAAAAAAUUGCGGAUACCAAAGAUACGGUUGUCAAGGAAGUACAGAAUGAUACUAAAAAAGUGAAAGAGAAAUUAGUAACUGAAAUUGAACAAGCAGCAGAGGAUGCGAAACAUGCAAAGAAUAAAGCAGUUUCUGUUGUUAAAGAUCAAAAGGAUAAAAUUGUCGAGGAAGUUUCUAAAGAUGUGCAGAAAGUUACCGAUGGUACGAAAGCAGUCGGCGAGAAAGUAGUAGCAGAAACGAAAAAAACCGGUGAAAAAGUAGAAGAUACCGUGACAGAUGUUGCACAAGCUGCCAAAGAUAUUAAAGAUGCAGCGGUUAAAGAAGUGAAAAAAGAUACAAAGAAGAUAAAAGGACAAUUGACAGCAAGCGCUGAUUCUGCCGCGGAAGUUGUAGACAGUGCAAAAGAUAAAGCGAAGAAAACGAAGGAAAAAACAAGUGGUUUUUUUUCCGGGAUAUUUAAAGGUGCAAAACAUGCUGUAGAAGAUGCAUCUGGCGACGUUAAGGAAUUCUUGGAUGAAACGAAAAGAGAAGCUUCUAUAGAAAAAGAACGCGCUGAAAAAGAAAUGGCCGCUGAUCUCAAAACUUUGAAAGACAAAAAAGAUUCUUCGAUCGCCGGAGUUCAGGAGGUAAUAGACAAAACUGUCGCUGAUGUGAAAGAUACGAAAGAUAAAACAGUUUCUAUCAUAAAAGAUAAAAAAGACAAAGUUACUGAUGACAUUUCCAAAGAUGUUCAUAAAAUUACUGAUACCACAAAAGCAGUUGGUGAGAAAGCCGUAACAGAAACGAAAAAAAUUUGUGGAGAAAUAGAAACAACCGCGGAAGAUGUUGCACAAGGUAUUAUAGAUACUAAGGAUGCAGUGGCUACAGAAGUGAAAGAUGAUGUAAAAUUGGUGAAAGAAAAAGUGUCAUCUGGUAUAAGCGCUGUAUCCGAUGGUAGUCAGGUUGCUAAAGAUAAAGUGACUAAAGACGUGAAGAAAGUUAAAGAAAAAGGUUCCGGUUUUCUAUCGGGAAUAUUUAAAGGUGCCAAGCAUUCUGUUGAAAGCGCAGCAGACGAUGUCAAAGAAUUUCUAGAUGAAACAAAACGAGAGGCAGAACUGGAAGAAACUCAUGCUAAGGAAGCAGCAGCGGCUAGAUUGAAAGAAUUAGAACAUAAAAAGGAUGCUGUCGUUACUGGUGUAAAAGAUACAACUGAUCAAGCUGUUGCUGGAAUAAAAGAUACUAAGGAUAAGACUAUGAUUGCAGCGAAAGAUACAAAAGAAAAAGUCAUUGAAGAAGUUUCGGAAGAUAUUCAAAAGGCUACAGAUGCAGGUAAAGCUGCUAAAGACAAAGUGACAGCAGAAGUAAAGAAAGUUGGUGAUAAAUUAGAUUCAACAGCACAGGAUGUUGCACAAAAAGUUGCAGAUACCAAAGAUGCAGUUAUUAAGGAAGUACAGGAUGAUACGAAAAAGGUGAAAGAGGAAUUGGCAGAAAAAGUCGAAACUGUGACCCAUAGUGCUGAAGCAGCUAAGGAUAAGGCAACUAAAGAAGCGAAAAAAGCUAAAGAAAAGGGAUCCAGUUUUCUCUCGGGAAUAGUUAAAGGUGCGAAACAUGCUGUUGGAAGCGCAAAGGACGACGUUAAGGAAUUUCUGGAUGAGACAAAGUACGAGGCGAAAUUAGAAGAAGCUCGUGCUAAAGAAAUUGCAACGGUUGGUGUGAAGAAACUGGAACACAAGAAAGAUGUCAUUGAUAGCGCAAAGGAUGUUACAAAAGAAGUAGUAACUGAUGUUAAGGACGCUAAAGAUAAAAUUUCUGACUCAAUGACUCAAGUAGCGGACACCACGAAGAUUGCAGUUGAUAAACUUGCAACUGAAACAAAGAAGGUUAGUGAAAAAAUAGAAUCUAAAACCACGGAUAUUGCAGAUGGUAUAGGGCAUGCCAGAGAAAGUCUCGAUAAAGAAAUAAAAGAGGAUACAAAGGCGGUGAAGGAUAAAUUAUUAACAACUGCCGAUGCUACUGCUGACGGCGCCAAAGCAGUCAAAGAUGAAUUUGCGAAAGAUGCUAAAAAGGCGAAGGACACGGGUUCAGAUUUCCUGUCUGAAGUUAUUCAGAGUGCAAAGCAAACAGGAAAGGAAAUUUCCGACGAUGUGAAGGACUUUCUGGAAGUAACCAGGCAAGAAGCAGCUGCUGAUGAAGCACUCGCUAGAGAAGCCGCGGCGGCAAGAUCAAAAGAACUGGAAAAAGCAAAGGAUAAAGCCGUUAGUGAAAUUAAAACCUCUACGAGUAAAGUUGUGAAAGGCACGAAAGACGCUAAGGAGAAGAGUCUUUCUAAUAUAAAAGGUGCGAAGGACAAAACAAUCUCUACUGUGAAAGCGGCGGGAAGUAAGAUAGGGCAUAGUGUGACGCAAGCCGGGGAAAAAGUUAAAUCUAUUGAUCAAGAUGUGACACAGAAAACUAAACGCGCCAAAGAUGCUAUUGUAAGUGAAGCAAAGGAAGAUACACGAAUAGUCAAAGGAAAAUUGGCGACUGGCACAGGUACAAUCGCUAGUACGACAGAGACUGUUAAGGACAAAACCGCGAAAGAUACUAAAAAGAUCAAACAAAAAUCAGGCAGUUUUUUAUCAGGCGUGGUUAAGAGCGCCAAACACGCAGUAGAAGAUGCAACGGAUGAUAUGAAGGACUUCCUGGAAGAGACCAAGCAAGAAGCAACCGCGGAAGAAGCUCGUACUAAGAGCGAUCUCGCUCAAGCGAAAGAUAAAUCCGCCAAAUCCACAACUGAUGCGAAGGACAGAUCUGUCAGUGCCGUUAAAACUACGAGAAAGAGUCCCCCGAAGUCACAAUUACCAAUGGACGUGAAAGGCACGGGCAAAGUUUCGCCUAUCACUAAGAGAACGGGCAAAGUGACUGAAAUGCCAGCGACAAAAAGAAACGGUGAUAGAGUAGGAUCGAAACGCACAGGCGAGAUUGUUCAGGAGGUAGUUCGUAGAUCCGAUAUAGCUGGCAGGUCAGAGACGUCCGGUGGCGUCGAGCAUUUAACCGAGACAGUUAGCGUUAAGAAAGUAUCUCGCAUUCCACAAAAGAAAAGUUCGGGUAAGGAGGCAGGUUCAGACGAUUCGGGUAAUUCGCGUAGAGUAGUAGAGACAGUAACCACGAUAGGGCACCCCGAGCCUCGCACACGGCACUCCGUCACCACAAUCGUGACAAAGUCUGUGCGAACGACCCCACCGCCACCCAGUUCACUCGCCGAGUUCACUGACAGUAGAACCGAAGACGUGACCAAAGAGGCUGCACGACGGGCACAAAACCUGGCGGACCAGGCGUACACCUCGACGAAAACAGGGCAUGAUUCGGCUGAGAUUGAUGGGACUGUAGAGAGGCAUGCUACUUCUGCUCCAUCAAAACAACCUGUUCCCGCCCCGCGUCUCUCCACCAAGUCGUCUACCAAACCCGAGUUCCAUCUGGAGCUUAGUGAUGUCUCACGAACACAUAAAACGGUCGAGCAGCCUUCCAAGCCAACACAGGAGAUGCAGUCACCGAGCAAGAGUCCAAAGAGCAAGAUACCUUUUAAAAUCGACCCUCACGCGCCUAAAUCGAGCGACGAUCCGAAAUCCGUCCCAUUAAAGUUCUCGGAAGAUCACAUCAUCGGUCCACAGGCGGUGUCCCGAACCGUCAAAUACAUUACUGAAGAUACAGAUGGGGAGUUGAUCAAAGAGACGAUAGAGGAGAUAAAGGAAGUAUCAAGUGAUGCGAUCCAGAUAGUCAAAACGGAUAAUCUGACCGAGACUAUGAUAAGUGGAAAAACGGAAAUUCCUUCCGUAGAGCAAAUACAAACAACUGCAGUGACCAACAAUUCGUCGAUCGAUCCUACGAAAUUGAAGGAACUAUUGGAGACUGGUGGUAUUGUAGAGAUGGUGAGGACUGUGACUUUGACGUCAGAGGACAGUACUUUGCAACCUGUAACGCAUGAGGAGGUUGUCAAGAGGAUAAAUCAAGUCGCUAAUACGCCACCCAGCGAGAUCUUCGAUUUCGGCGACUCCUCUAUCACUACGAUUAGGACCGACAGAUCGGAGUCUGACGGUGUCGUGCAGAUGGUGCAACGCGUGAUGUCGGAGACGUCGGAGAUCGGAAAAACCGAAAGAGUGGUGAGAACGACUUUCAGCAGUGGUGGCAGCGGCUACGGGGACGCGGAGUCCGCCCUAAGAAGCCUUCAGGAACAAUUAACGAGAUCCGAAAUCGGAGAGACGGCCUCUUGGACAGCGGCGAAUGAACAAUGGGAGGUGCAGUAUUCCCAAGACACAUCACCCGGUUCUGGAAAUGGCGGUGUUGACACGUUUGCCAGCAACAACAACAACAAUAACAACAAGAACGAUGGUAGUUCAAGGCACGAUAUGCACAGCGACACCGAUAGUGACGGUUCGCCGCAACCUAGAAGAAGAUCCCCGAGCAAGAGGCGUACGUUGGGCAGUUCCAGCGGGUCGGAUGUAGCACUGCACGAAGGUGCGGAGCUGUCCCCGUUGGAGGACGACCAAGAAUCUGACUUUUUGCAACAUAGCGAGCCAUCCUUCAUGGAAACGACAACGAUCGAGGUGGAUCCUGUCACUCAGGAAAGUAUAACGACAACCACGCGAACGGAAACGAGGACGAUAUCAUCCACGGGAACUGGUGGCACGGACGAUUUGCGAGAAUCGAUGCAGAAGAUCAUGGAUACGUUCAUGUCGGAAGAGAGGAAGGAUCAUUAGGAGUAACGCGCAUGUUCCAUUCUUCGAAUUUGCAAUAGAAAAAGAAGAAGAAAUCGUUGUCGGGUUCUCGACAUCGAUCCCCUCGUCGAUUAUUGGAUCCUUUACCUUUGGAGGGAAACACUUUAAUGGCCUUCGGACUUGACGUGUCCUUGGGCGUUGAACGAAGAAUUUACGAUCAUGAUAGGAUACCGGGGGCGUAUGAAGAUGCUCGCUCUUUCGGGAUGCUAUCUCCCUCAAACCACACAAAAGCAUGCACAAUGAUUUACUAUCACGCUCAUGGCCUAUGCUUCGAGUUUGCUUGCCUUUCCGUUCCGCUCGGUUGCCUUAUCUCUUUGCGUUCGUCGGAAUCUCGCAAUCAAAGAUGAAUAAUGAUGAUGACGAUGAUGAUGAUGAUGAUGAUAAUGUAUUUGCGUAUGUCGUUGCUAGUCCGACUAGCCGAUUCGCUAGUCUUCACUAUGCCAACCCGUCCAUGUAUGUGCUUUUUCGUGUUGUUUGAAGAUAUAAUGCGAAAUGGAAGGGAAAGUAUCAAGUGUGGAGACGAUGGGACAUGUCGAGAAGAAACGCGAAAAAAGCGGGAACGCAACAAGAUAAGAUCGAAUGAGCGAUCUACUGAUAUCAGCGAUCGUCUAGAUCAG